AUCACCGCUGUACAUACUCACCAGAGAGCAGUACAGAGGAGAAAAGAUGGAGCGGAGGCCAGGGAAGACCACAUGUGCUCGGAGGAACCUCUUUGGCCCUGUAGACCACAAGCAGCUGCAGCAGGACUUCCAGCACAUGCUGCACAACGGUGCAAAGGGGGCUCAGCAGAAGUGGAACUUCGAUUUCCUGCAGGACAGGCCAGUGGAGGGGCUACUGCAGUGGGAAGGGCUGGAGGGCCGCAAGGUGCCUGCUUUCUACAGCUGUGUGGUGGGAGAGGCUCGGAGACCACUACAGCACUUGUACCGGCCCUUGGACAGGGAAGACAACAGUCACCACUUUGCACAGAUAGCACUGACAGAGAAGCCCAAAACUUCCAUGAAAAUAGGAGCCAAGAGGAUCCCAGAAGGAAAGAAAAGAAGACAGACAUCUUUAACAGAUUACUACUCAGCAAAGAAGCAAAUCAAGAUGAAUACACAAGCUGCUGCAAAGAAGCCAACUUUCUGAAAGCAAGCACAGGAUUGUCCUGCACCAGAGAGGUUAGAAACAUCUGCUGGGUUUCCUCAGCAUUCAAAAAUUGUCUGUGCAGGCAGUGGACACUUCAGAACAUCACAUGCAGAUGUGUAUUCAUGAUAGCAGCAAUGAAGAGUCACAAACACAAAAAAAUUGUAAUGGGGUUAGGACAAAUCAACUGGAAUCACUUUGCUGAGAAAUUAUUGGCCUUAAAAAACACUGGUUAGCAAUUUUGGACAUGACAGAAUUUGGCAAAGGCUAGCAGUUUAACAUGCAGUAAAAAUCAUUGAAUAUGAGAAAGUGGUGGACACUUAAAACAAGUGUGCACGUUUAAUACUGUGCUUAGAAAUGUCACUGUACAAUUUGGGCUUUUUAUAUCGUUAUGUCUUUGUCUAUCGUUGAUAUCGUUGUCUAUUCUCUUUUUUCCUUUAAGCAGCAAUGAUUUACUAAAUUUCACCAUCUCAACUUUACUGGUCUGACACACUAAAAAUAAUUCCUAGCUGCACCUGUGAUUUUUUUCAGGUAUAGAAUUUUGUGCUUGCAACUGUUUGGAGUAUAAGUAAGAUCACUUGGGUGCCAAAAACAUGUAUUAUUUCUGGGAUGUAAAUGGAGAAAGCUGAAAUUACUUGGGAAAGUUUCCAUUUAUAUCAGCAGACAUUUUAGUCCUAUAAUUCUUCCCACCAUGGAAGAAUUGAAUGAGUUAGAUCAACUCGUUAUGGGUAGAAAGUUCCAGAAAUACUUUUUUAUCUUUGAAGGCUUUCCUGUUAUCAUCUGGUCAAAAAUUCAUCUUUUUCACAUGUGCUAUACCAUCAAGGUCUAUAAGUUUGCACAGGGAAAAUGAAGAUAAAAUUUGCAGUGCAUUUGUCCACAGUGUUUUUAAAUGCCUGCUGCUUAUAAGAAAAAGCUACAAAGGGGUGAGACUGUUUAGUUACCACUUGGUGCUUUUUUUUCAUACUAAUAAUGUUUUUGUAAGGAGAGAAAGGGCAUUAAUAACACUGAAAUUUCUCUUCCUCCUGAUGUUGCAUGGACCACUUUUUCUAUGGCAUUUGUUAACAUAUACUUUUCCAUCACCUACUUUUUAUUUCCCUUUUUCAUUUCCCUGACUAGUUUGGAUAAUUGAGGUUUUACAGCACAUAAUAAUCAGUGGGUAAAACAGAAAAAGAAACCUAUAAAAUAUACACUGUAAAUUAUACUGUUGCAUAUGGCUGUAAGAUGCAUGCAGUGUUUAAUGAACACAUUUGGAAAGAGCUCUGUAAAUGUCAGCUUUUUUAGAAUGUCAUGUGAUGAUGGAACACUACUUUUCAUCUCAAAUCUAAACAAACCAAGGUUUUUCUUGGGUAGUAAAAAUUAACAUGCACGUGCAUGUGUGUCAGGUGUGCACACAAGAAAUGGAGCAAGCAAGUAAUAUGCUCUGCAUUACAUGCAGCAUCAGGAUGGUAUAGUGUGUUGUUUUUUUUUUCCCAUUAAGAGCUACAGUGAUUAGACAUAAAUAAUAGUUGGUUUGACCCUAAAUGGCAGAAAACAGUGAUUUUAGUUUGUUUUCAUAUGCUGAAAUAAAGAUUCUCAGCAAACUGUGGUCAGAGCCAGUUUCCAGCUCCAUGCAUGAGAGUCACAAGAUGAGAUUUUCUCUCUUGAGUUUUUGAUGUAGUGAGGAACAAAAGUUGCUCUGACUGAUAUCAAAGGGAGUUUUACCCAAGUGAAGCAGGGUAAGGGUCAGCCUGGCAACUGCUGCUGGUAGUGCAUUCGGUGUGUUUGUGGCCAGUCCAUUCUAUUACAAGCUUCUCACCACACUGAGAUGUGGCAUAAAGGCAUGUGAUUGAGUUUUUUGUAUGUUUGUUUUUAUUUUUAAACUUUGCUUGUAAUUAGAACAGGUUAAGCUAUAUUUCUAAAGUUUGAUGAUUUUCACUAAUUCAGAAAAAUUGCACAACUCUUUCUCUGUGUGUUUUUGAUUUUAAAUCAGACUGAUGACACUGUGCACCUUUUUGUUUUGUAGCAAGGUUACCUGCAGAAUUACUUCUGACCAGGUUGACAUGAGCUGUGCAUGAAAGCUUGUAAGUCUGCCGUGCACAAGGUUAUAGUGAAGUAAGUGGAGUCUUUUUCUUCCAAGGGGAAAAAGGAUACAUCUCUUUAUUAAAUAAUGACUGUUGAUGCACUGCUGUCCCAGAGAAACAAGAAAGAAUAUUUUUUCCCAUCAAUUCCAUAAUAGCUCACUGCUAAAGUGUACAUUUAAGGGGAAAUAUCUGCAUCAAAAGGACCAGGACCAGGACCCAUAAUGUCCUAGGAAUUCGUAAAACAGUUGUUGAAGUUAUCAGCAACACAUUUUUUGGAUAAUGAGCAGAUAUUGGCCCUGAGUGGAAUAUAUAUAUAUAUUGGAAUAUACAUAGUGGAAUAAAUAUAUUUGCACUCGAAAGUAGAGACCCUGUUUGAAAAUGAAGCCUGUCUGUGUUUAUAGCAUCUCAGUUAGCUGUGACUGUGAAUUCAGUGCUUGGCUAGAAAAGAGUUUUUUUGCCAGGGAGACAAGUUGAUGUCUUUCUAGUUGCUGAAUACAUAAUGCUAAUGUUCUUUGAAAUGACAAGAUAUUAGAAGUGCACAGUAACACAACAGAGAGAGACAGGGGAAAUGUUUCCAUACCAGUGUUUGCAAUUGGAAGUUCUUAUACUUGAACCACAGGGCCUAAUCCCCCCUGGUGUACACUAUUAUAGUUCCACUAAUCCAUGGUGGAAACACCUUGGUUUCUGCCAGAGGAAAAUGAGGCUUAGAUGUUUUGCACUGGUUCUUUUAGUUACUUUAAACUGACAAGCAGCUAACUAUGUAAAGACAUUGCCUCCUUUCUACAUGCAGAGGUUUUAAAAGAUUUUUUAAAUGGUUUCUACUUUUGUGUGUGUGUGUAUGACAGCCAAAAAUAACAACAAACCUCUGAUUAGAGACUGAGCUUCAUCAAUAGUGUAGAUAAAGCAUGUCUAUCUUUAUUUCAUUAACAUGCUGACAAAGAAACCGUGAAACAUGGAAUAUGUCAUUCUUUUGUUCAUCUCGUUAAUUGUACUUUCUCAUUAAACAUUAUACACAGAGGGAUACAUCAGUAUGUAGGUGUAAAAGACUAUUUUGGUUUUUAUAUUAUGGAGGUCUAGCACAUUCCCAUUCUUUAAAUGAGGCAGCAGGCCUGAUUGAAAAGGCAGCGCACUAAAGCUUUGGUCUGCUUCACUGUGGCUGAACAAGGCAUUGAACAUACCAAGUCUAAUUCUGACCACCAAAGCUGGUGACCUUAGAGUUGGACUGGCUGUAUGGGCGUAUGGCUAUCUAUCAAAUCCUAAAGCAGCACUCUCUCAUGAUGAGAGGCAUUGGGAUGCACUCAGAAAUCAAAGAAUCAAGGCAUUAAGGAAAUAGUAGCAGCACUGUUUUAAGGUCUUAUGCAGCUGUGUAAGGACUGCACAGCAGAAGGGAGACCGCAUCAGGAAUCCGUGACACACUGUAACCUCCACAUACUAAUAAAGGGGUACAAGCACAUCUACCUGAGCCCCCCUCCUUCCUGUCUUACCAAUAUGAACUGCAUGUGUGACUCAGGGCCAUGAAGUACUCAACAGCCACGACCUAGCUGAUACUGUGGUGUGACCAGCAUAUUUAGAAGGAAAUUCUUCACUCAGAGGGUGGUGAGGCCCUGGCACAGGCUGCCCAGAGAAGCUGUGGGUGCCCCAUCCCUGGAGGUGUUCAAGGCCAGGCUGGAUGAGGCUUGGAGCAA